AGUCUGUGAAGUUUCCUCACACUGGAAGAAUCGAUAACGUUGAAAGUCUUUACAUUAUUUUAAGUUUUUGAAGUAUAAAAAAGAUUUUUUUUACUAAAUGGUGCAAACAACAAUCUUCAAAAUUAUCAAUGAUGGUGAAAUUGCUAUUCAACUGUAUAAUCCAGCAACAGACCUUGAGGAGUUGCUUCAUGUCUUCCGAGAAGGAUUUAUGAAGGAUUCAACGAUGUUCAUUGCAUUUGAAAUGAAUAAACCCGAAGCAGCUCAAUAUCGUCUUGAAUAUGAAGGAUUAAUUCCUGGAAUUUUGCAAGAUGGUUUAUCAGUAAUUGCUCGACAUUUACCCACAAUGAAAAUCAUCGGAUUCUGCCUCAAUCAACUCCAAUCGCAUCCUGAAGGUGGACAACCAACCUUCUACGAAGCCUUCCAUGACAGUAGUGAGACAAUUGUGAGAAAAUUGCUUGACUUUCGCAUUGGAAAAGUUAAGCAAAUGAAUCUCUUUGAGAUGUACGAAACAGAACACAUUUUUGAGACUUCCUACCUGGGUAUUCUCCCGGAAUACCGUAGCAGGGGAAUAGGCUAUCAUCUCUUUGAGUGUUCAAUUAAAAUUGCACGAGAAAUUGCCAAUGAAAAGUAUCCAAUGACCAUGAUUGAUGGUAUCAAAGGGAAAAAGCCAAAAAUUAUAUUUUGUAGUUCAAGUUCCGAAUAUUCCAGGAAAAUCGCAGAAAAAUUAAAUUUCGCCGAAGUUAAACGUUUUCCUUUUGAGGAGUUGAAAGUUAAUGGUGUUUCUUUUUCUGAGAAAAUCCCUCCGCAGCACACGCAUUUUGCUAUGUGUGUGUUUAAAUUGUAAAAAGAAAUUCUAUUUUGGGAAAAUUGGAUUGAACUUUUAAGAUGAAAAGAAAAUUAUAAAGAAAAUUUAACUUAAUUUUUUUUUAACCAGAAAGAAUGUAAUUUAAAGAAUUAACAGGAAAUAAAUUCUCAAGUUUUGUCUGGAAUUUUUCGAAUUUGAGAAAAUUGAAUAGAA